UGAGCUACCUGGUAGUGAACACCGACUUUGAUAUUCUCCUCUCAACGCACUUGCACCCUAUCAUUGUCUACUCACUGGCCGGUGCCAACUCUUUCCCGAUAUUAGAAAGGUUAUGCACUACCUUGUGGGACUGUAGCCUCCUUCUUUCGUCUCCCAUUAAUUUUCACAACCCGGCCAGCUAGCUUGGCCACUUUCAACCUGAGAUACCCUGACUUUCUACUUCUAUCACUUUUACCUUCUCAUACACCGUCGAUUCGGUACUUUACCAAUCCAAUCCAAACACUCUCUUUUCGUUGAAAAUCGAUUAUUCCUUCUGAGAUUUAACCACAAUCAUGAAGGUGCUAUUCACCACCAUCGCGACACUCGUCGCCCUCUUUGUAGGCCAAACCGGUGCCCAGGAUCCCGCCCUAAGUCCUUGUGCUUCUGGCUGUGUCAAUGGCGUCUUCGUGAACGCCCCCGCUAUGGGAUGUGCAUUGAAUGAUCGCCUCUGUGUCUGCGGAAAGACCACUGCGUUUACUGAUGGCAUCCGUGACUGCGUGAACCAGGUCUGCGGAGCCGAAGCCGCUGCCCAACUUCCCCUUGCCCAAACUUGGGGUACUACGGAGUGUCAAGCUGCGUCUGCUGCUGCUGCCUCUCCUGCUGCGCCGACCACAGAGGUUGCUGCUCCUGCACCCACCACGGAGGCAGCGCCAGCGACGGCUCCGACCACUACUGCUACAGAGGCAGCCGCGACGUCAGCUACGACCAGUCUGCCAUCCGAGUCAGCUUCUUCCAGCACUGCCACUCCUGCGACCGCAGCUGCAGGUAUCGCUACUUCUGGUUCGACCCUGAUUACUUCAGCUACUGCAAAGUCUACUCCAGCCACUUCGUCGUCUGCCACGUCCGUCAGCGGUGUUGGUAGCCAGACUACUGCUUCUUCGGCAGAGACUAGUGAAGAACCGACUGUCAAUGGCUUGAGCGUUGCUGCUCGAGCGGGAAUUGGUGCUGGUGCUGGUGUCGCAGUGGUCCUAUUACUCCUCCUAGGAUUAUGCAUGUUUAUGCGCCGUGGAAAGAACAAGAAGGCGGCAACGGCAGCAGCGAAUGGGCGUAUGCCUACUAUGCAAAUUUCCCAGCCUAUGCCAGGAUCAGGACGACAAUAUGCAGAUGACGUGCGCCAGACCGACCCGAAAUUGUCCAAGAUGUUCACGCCAUCGCCACAGGGUUCUCAAGGAAACCGCUCGCCUACAACACGCCCGUAUACGCCAUCUGUUGCAUCAUACUCUUCCGAGCUUGACGCAAAUGCACGACGAUACGAGGACCUCCUACCACGAACCCAGCCUCGUAACAUGAUUUAGAGAAACCAUUCCAUGUCCCAAGACUUGCAGCCCUGACUCGCUUUUAACCUCGAUACGUCCUGCUAGGGUUACUUUUAUUAUUCAUAUCUCCUGUUCUUUGUUCACGAAACAUGUUAACCACCACGGCAUUCCUAAUUGGGAUUUACUGUCGAAAACGAGGGCUCGUGUAGCCUAUCUUAUGUUUCCGAUCUGAUCUUGGGAGUCUGAAUGAGAGAGGGGGGAUUAAUGAGUUCGUGCUACUUUGACCAAUGUGUCCAUUUACGCAAGGGGAGGCUGGGGUUUAUUAGGUAAUAAAGAAAAGGCAGAUAAUGCAAGUAUAGGAACGAAGACUUACUUUGCUUUUUUACGUGGCAUCCUAUGGCAAUACUAUGUUUCCUGGUGAUUAUGUGGUUGCAUGUAAUGCUUUGCACUUCCUCACGGUUAGGCCUUCUUCAGAUGUUGCGUCUCAGGUAGUUUAUGGCCAAUGGGCCCAAAUAAGAUUGUUCCUGUCAAGUGAAACAUGAGUAGAUCCAGUAGUAUGUACUUAAUAUUGAUUAGGGUACGGAAUCGAUCCCUUCUCUGCCGAGUGAGUAUA